AAAACUUCCUGCGGGAGGAAACUGUGCCAAGCUCUAGUUUUAGAAGUAGAGUCGCAGUCUAAAUAGAGAGGGAGAGAUAGAGAGAGCGCGCGCAGCACCGCAGGACUUCAGGAGGACACAUAAAGUUAAAUAAAAUCCUUUUUUUUUUUGCUCAUCGAAACGCCCGGAUUUAACUUUCUAACCACGGAUUCAAAGGUGGAGAGCGCUUUUUCUCCUCUACCCUUGCAUUUCUUGAAAAAAGAAAUGGAAGAGUGUUCAAGUUCUCCCGUCUCCCCAGUGGAUAGCCUGGUGACCAGCGAGGAGGAGUUGGAAAGACAACACAAAAGGUUCGGGAGGAAGAGGAGACACAGUAAAAAGUCGAGCGAGGAUAGCAGCAGCAGCCCGAGUUCCGUGAAUAAGCGAAGCAAAAAGCCGAGCCCGAGCAGCACGCAGUCGUACGAGGAGCUGCAGAACCAGAGGGUGCUGGCCAACGUCCGGGAGAGGCAACGGACUCAGUCGCUGAACGAAGCCUUCGCGUCUUUGCGCAAAAUCAUCCCUACGCUUCCCUCGGAUAAGCUCAGCAAGAUACAGACGCUCAAGCUCGCCUCCAGGUACAUUGACUUCCUCUGUCAGGUGCUGCAGAGCGACGAGAUGGAUAACAAGAUGUCGAGCUGCAGCUACGUCGCGCACGAAAGACUCAGUUACGCGUUUUCGGUGUGGAGGAUGGAGGGCGCGUGGUCGAUGUCUGCCUCCCACUAGCAGCGAGAGACGUCCAUACGAUGCCGAAAGGACUGUUUACUUCCACUAAUUAAUACACCAAAGGAUUUAUUGACGAACCUCUAAACCUCAAUGGCAUGGCCAAUGGACAUUGGACGAUUACAGCAAUGAUAUUGAGCAUCCCCAACAAUGAAAUGGACAAAAUAAAAGGAACGUUUUAUACCUUUUUUUUUUAUAGAGAAAAAAUUUAGAUGAUGUCUCCUGUGUAAACAGGCCUACAUUUAAUCUUUUUCAAAAGUUAUUCUUAAAUGUCUCCAUCCAUGGUGAUAAUACAGGAAGGCCAUCUUUUAUUUUUUAUGGAAAA